AUGAAUUCAAAUACAGCCGGUCGAUCAACGCCAGAAGACGGGGAGCUAGAGGACGGAGAGAUCUGUGAUGAUGAAACCGAGGAGAGAGCUCCUCCGCGGCGGGGGGAAGGGCGCAGGCCCCGCGGCGGAGCCAGGCCGCGGCCGAGAAAACCGCACCAGUCACCGCACAAUUUGCGGCCUCUACUGGGACCACCACCGCAGGAUUUUAGGCACAUGAUGCCCUACAACCCCGGCCCUCACCUUCACGGCCCGUUCCCCCUGAACCUCAGACAGCCAGACCGUCCUCCAGUCCCUCCGCCUCCUGGGAUGCCGCUUCCGCCGCCACCCGGCCUCGGUCUGCUCGGAGAGCCCAAUAACCGGUCCAACUUCUGGGAGCGGAGCCAUGGAGCUCUGGGACGGUUUCGGCACCGGGGCUUGCCGAACGGAGGACGGGGGUCCUGGAACCGAGGUCGAGGUCUCGGGGGGAACAACAGAGGAGGACCUGGAAGACCCGGACCGGUGGACAUCCACGGAUCUCCCUCCAGAAAGCAGAAGCAACCGCCAAGAGUCCGGGUCAGGAAAGUGGGUCCUAACGCCUCCAGACAGGAUCCCAGUAUGAACGAGAGCUUUGAGGAUCUGCUGUCCAAGUACAAGCAGAUCCAGCUGGAGCUGGACUGCAUCCGCAAAGCUGAGACCAUGGCACUGGAGCCGGCCGCCUCUCCCGCUGUGGAGGAGGUCCCCGCCGCUGCUUCUCCUGCUGCAGAGGGCCGACUGGAGCCAGAACCAACACCAGAACUGCCUCUAGUCGGAGCAGAGCAGCUGGAGAAGGAUGAGAAGAAACCUUUCCAGGCGUUCAACAUCAAACCGCUGCGGCAUAAACUUCUGACGCCGGCGGAACUGGAUGAGCUGCGUAAGAAGCUGGAAGACCAGGAGGCAGGAGGUGCAGAAGCAGGAAGCUCCGACGCUGCAGUACCUGAAGAAAAUGUGGCUGCAGCUGCGGAGGAAAAGCAGAGCGCGUCCUGUGGCGAGGAAACCAUUCCAGAGGAGAAGCAGAACGCUCAGGAUGCCGUCUUGUGUCGCAGUGAAUCGUCGGCGUCCAGCGAGGAGUCGACUCUGUCGUCUGACAAGCCGGUGGAGAAGCUGGAGGAGGAGGAGUUAUCGGAGCUGCAGCUCCGCCUCCUGGCGCUGCAGUCGGCCAGUAAGAAGUGGCAGCAGCAGGAGCAGCAGGUGAUGAAGAAGAGCAAAGAUCGGAUCGUUAAAGCCUCUCAGGAGAAGAACUCCGCUCCCGGUUCUGGAGCCGCUCCGCCGGAGAGGCAGCGAGUCACCACCAGGUCCGCCUCCUCUGCUGCUGCUGCUGCUGCCGCCGCCGCCGCCGCAGAGCAGAACAGGAGCAGGUCCAAACUGUCAGAGAGAGACAGACCCAAGAGCGGGCCCAGAUCAGCCGACAGGGACCGGAUCAGACAGAGUCCAAAGCCAGGGCCCAGAGUCCCGAUGGAGAGGAGCCGAACGCCAGGAAAAGCUCACGGCGUGAAGAGGCUGAUCAGCCCAGGCUCCUCUGCCAAGCAGGCGGUCAGGAAGCAGCAGCUCCGCACCUGGAAGCUGCAGCAGCAGCGGAAAGAGGAGGAAACUCGGCGGCAGGAGGAAGAGGAGCGCCGGAAACGCGAGGAGGAAAUCCGCCGGAUCCGGGACCUGUCCAACCAGGACGAGCAGUACAACCGCUUCAUGAAGCUGGUGGGGGGCAAGCGGACGCGCAGCAGGUCCAGAGACCAGGACCACAGGAAGUCUGCCGGGAAGCCGGGCCUGGACUCCUCAGGGAGCCUCUACCAGUACGACAACUACGAUGAGGUCGCCAUGGAUACGGACAGUGAGACCAGCUCACCUGUGCCGUCUCCGAUGCACAACCUGCUGCAGGCAGACGAGGCGGCGUGUUUCCCUCCACUGGGUUUCUACGGAGCCGAGGCUGCGGCCUACGGAAUGGAUUUCUCGCAGGCCUUCCUCUCCCCCCUGCUGUCUGGCAUUCCUCCGCCGCCGCCCCUCCCCCCGCCUCCUGACGACCUGGAUCCCCCACCCAAGCCGCCGUUUGCUGACGAAGAGGAGGAGGAGGAGAUGCUGCUCAGGGAGACGUGUCUGAUGUCGAUGGCCAACAAGAGGGUGGCAGCGGCCGAGAAGAGCUCCAGCGGUCCUCCGUCCCCCAGCUGUCUGCCUCCUGCUGAGCUGCAGCCGCCUCCCCGGGGGAACCUGAGCACGGUCAGCCUGAACACGGUGCCGCCGUCUCGGAGCAGCCGCUUCGGCAGAGCUCAUCCUGCAGCCAGAGGUCCGCUGGUGCUUCCCAGGCACAAGUCAGUGGUGGUUUCCCUCAAAGAUUCAGACGACAGCGACUCGGACAUGGACGCCUGCAGCUCCUCACAGACCGUGUUCGGAGGGCUGGAGUUCAUGAUCAAAGAGGUCCGACGGACUGUGGAGGCGACGAAGCCAAAAACGGCCUCAGGAUGUGAGAAGGAGAACAACCCGGUCAGAACCCCAGAAUCUCUCCCUGAAGCCAAGAAGGCAGAGUACCGGCUCCUCAAAGAGGAGAUCGCCAGCAGGGAAAAGCAGAAGAUGCUGAAGGAUCACGGCUCUCCUGCUGCAGCCGAUCAUGUUCUGGAGUCUUCCUCGAGACCGGCGGCUGAGCUGAGGCUGACUGAGACGGAGCAGAGACUCAACAGGCACAGAGAGCUGCUGCAGAGGGACGAAACCGUCCUCAGACACCUGCUGCAGCAGGAGCUGAAGAAGACAGAGACACUAAGAACAGCUGAAACCAAGAUGGUCAAACUGAGGGAGCAGCUGGCGGCUUCAGAGAAGAUCGUAGCGGCCAACAGGACGCUGCUGAGGAAGCUGCAGGAACAGGUUCACCGAGUUGAGCAGCGGGUUUCCCAGAAGAAGACUUUAUCCGUCCGACUGGAGCAGGAUCUGAUGCAGGCCCAGCUGGCUGCUGGCAGAGGAACCAAACGUCCUGCAGAGUCCAACCAAACCACGUCCAAUAAGCUGCCGCGUCUGGACGCGGCGCCUCGCGGCUCUGAGAGGCACUUUGCCGAGCUCAUUGCUCAGAAACGGCGAUUACAGCAGCUGGAGUCGGAGUACGCCCUCAAGAUCCAGAAACUGAAGGAGGCUCAGGCUCGGCGGAACAAAGUAGUCCCAGCAGAACCUCCGCCCCCAGCCGCCAUCCCGCCACCCGCCCCUCAGGUCCAGCAGCUCCCUCCCGCCAGUCCCUUCCACCUGCCUCAGCCCUCCCUGCAUGACCUGUCCCAGGACAAGCUGGUUCUGGACAGCGAGGAUGUCCCUGAGGCCGAGGAUCCAGAACCAGAACCUGCCCUUGCCCCAGCUGCAGCUAAAGGCGGCCGCCGCUCUUCCUUCCGGCAGUCCAGCAGCUCCUUCACUAAACCCCACCUGGAGACUCCAAGCUCUGCCCCCACUAAAGACGGCAGUAAGCCUGCCAAGAUGGCGUCCAGCACCGAGACGGCGUCCAAUGCCGAUCUUCCUGCGGAGAUGUUUGCCGGGCUGGACGUAGACGGCCUGAAGAGCCGGUACCAGCAGCAGGCCCGGCUGGAGGAGCUGCUGCAGAGGGAGCUGCAGAAACUAAAGGAGGACACAGAUGUCUCCCCCACUGGACUGAUGGUCCCAGUGGAGCUGGAAGCUGGGAACCAACCCGUUGUGUCGGAGCUGAAGCCGGUCUCGUUUGAGCCGUAUCGCAGCCCGCUGCUGGUCUUCAGGUCAUACAGGUUCAGUCCGUACUACCGGACCAAGGAAAGGUUUUCCCUGAGCUCCGUUACCUACAGCAACACCAUCGAACCAAACAAAUGUUUCUGUCGCUUCGACCUGACAGGGACCUGCAACGACGACGGCUGCAGAUGGCAGCACAUGAGGAACUGCACGCUGAGCGGGAACCAGCUCUUCCAGGACAUCCUGUCCUAUAAUCUGACCCUGAUUGGUUGUUCAGAGAGCAGCUCAGACGAGGAGGUCCGCGCCGCCACAGAGAGCUACAUGAAGAAGCUGUUUGGUCCAAACAAAGACCGGAUGGGUAUCGAUCAGAAGGCGGUUCUGCUCGUCAGUAAAGUCAACGAAAGCAAGCGACAUGUGCCUCCAUACACGACCUGCAAAGACACGAGGAGGUGGAAACCGAAGCCGUCGGCGCCGGGAUCCAACGCCCCCGAAGACGACAGCGAUGACGAGGCAGCAGCUGCGUAUCUGACGCCUGCAGGAAGAGACGACCUGUCGAAGGGCAUCAUGCCGGCCGUGGACGUCGUCACCUCUGAGGACCGGCGCUACUUCAUCAGCGAGACGGACGACAUCUCCAACCUGGAGGCCAGCAUCCUGGAGAGUCCCAGAGACACUCAGCUGUGGAUCAAACUGGCCUUCAAGUACCUGAACCAGAGCGAGGCGUCUGCGGCGGAGUGUCUGGAAGCGGCUCUGAACACGCUGUCUCGAGCUCUGGAGAGUAACUGCGACGACCCGGAGGUGUGGAGUCACUACCUGUCUCUGUUCUCCAGGCGAGGCAGCCAGGAGGAAGUGAGGGAGAUGUGUGAGAUGGCCGUGGAGCACGCAGCCGACCACCGGCUCUGGUGGAAAUACCUGAACCUGGAGCGGUCGUUUGAGGGGAAGGACUACGUCUGCGACCGGCUGCUGCAGUUCCUGCAGGGCGAGGCGGCGGCGGGCGUCACGGAGAAGCUUUCCUUCCAGCUGAUGGAGGCUCUGCUCUACAGGGUGCAACUGAGUCUGUUCACGGGCCGGAUGGAGAGCGCUUUGGCCGUCCUGCAGGCGUCUUUGAAAUCGGCUCAGGACCACAGCAUGGCGGAGUUCCUGACGGCCGGCGACCGGGCGCUGCUCUGGCUCUGCUACAUUCACCUGACCGAGUUCGACCAGCUGCCGGCGAGCCUCUACGACCCGGCGGAGUCCGGGCCGGGACGGCUCGUCUGCACCAAGUCCUUCCAGCUGCCCUGGAGGACGCAGGAGGACAUCAGCACGCCGCCCGACAUCCUCAUCGCGCUCUUCAAAGAUGCCAUCAAUCAGUGCAGUGAGGAGAGUAUGACGGACGCCGAGAGGACGCUAGCCUGCAUGCCGCUCUACACAAACCUCAUCCUGCUUUACAAGGUUCUGCAGCGGUUUGAUGACGGUGUGGAUCUAUGCGUCUCUCUGUUGGAGUUUUGUCCCGACUCGUGCACGCUGCGCGACGCUCUGGCCGACCUCCACAUCAGCAGAGGGAACGGCGAGCAGGCGGUCAGCAUGUGGCUGAACGCGCUGGCUGACUGUCCGCACAACGCUCAGGUGUUCUACCACUGCUGCAGGUUCCUCAUGGCCCAGGACAAGUCCAACGCCAUCCUGCCUCUGUUCCGAGGAUUCAUCCUGUCACUCUGUGAAGACGAGCAGAGUCAGAAGACGCCUGUGGACGUCCUGCGUCACAUCCUGGGCUUCUCCAGCCAGGAUCUGCUGAUCGGUCCCAUCAUCAGGAAGGAGCUGGAGGAGCAGCUCAGUCAGCAGACGUCCUUCCUUCACCUGCUUCACUGUCGCUGGAUGUGGCUACACGGUUCAGAUAAAGAGGCUGUCGAGGCUUUUGAGCGAGCGUUGGGGUCAGUCCUGCAGCUGGAGGAGCUUCACGCGCUGUGGAUGGACUACCUGCUGUUCAGCUGCAGACCGCAGACCAUCAGCGUCUCCAGAAAGCUGUUCCCAGAUCUGGUCCAUCGCUGCCUCAGCACACUCCCGUCACGGUUGGAGCUUCCUUUUAAUCCCGCACAGUUCUGGAGCUGCUACCACUUCCAUAACAAGGUUGUGUCCCUCUACCUGAAACACGUCCCGCUGUCCCAGCGCGCUCUGGUCCUGGAGAGACUGAGAAACGCCAUGUCGAGCAACCCUGAGCUGGGCCUUAGGUUGUUGCAUCAGGAGUUGGUUGAGGGAAACAUGGAGCAGCUGAAGUUUCAGGCCCGCAUGCUGACCAGCAACACUCCUCGAUGUUUGUCCAGCUGGAGAAUAGCAAUCGCUGUGGAGCGGGAGCUGAAGGAGCGUGGCCAGAUGCGUCUUCUGUAUCAGCAAGCUCUCCAAAACCUGCCGCUGUGCGCCGCCCUGUGGAAAGAUCGGUUGUUGUUUGAAGCAGCGGAGGGUGGCGCCUCCGACCGUCUGCGGCGGCUGGUGGACUGCUGUCAGCAGGCGGGGGUCAACCUGAGUAUCGGGGGGGUGGAUCUAUGAUCAGACUGAUAGUAGAGCUGAUCAGUAGGUGACUGAUUGACGAGGUAAGGCCACGCCCCCCCAGCCUGCCAUCCUCCUACCUCAGUGAAUGUAAGUAUGCUGCUGCUGAGUGACGCCUUUGCUCUUCAUCACCUUCUCUUUAGUUGCUCUCACCUUUCAGUUGGACUCAUUUCCCUCCCUUUUUUUAGUUAACUCACCCAAAAAGGGGUGGGGGCAGCCCCACCCCCAACCCAGACCCUCUCCCACUUUUUUGUUUUCUUUGUGUGUGGACUUUUAUUUUGGUAAACCGAUGAAAGACAAGUGUUCAGGUUAUUGACCCAGUAUCUGUGCGGAGACGACCCCGCCCGACUGUAUAGUGUUUUCUGAUUGGCUGAGUAUUUGUAAGAGACUGCCUCGGAAACGAAAGGUCGCCGCGGGAACCCACCGAGCUCAGCCGGACUGCUCAUGUGCAAUCUGUUGUCAUGACAACUAAAGAGACUUUUGUGCUGCCACUUUUGUUUUCUACGUGUCAGAUGUUAUUAAAUUAUUUUAUAUAAAUAUGGAAA